AUGUCUCAUACUAAUUAUCAAUUCCCGCCAUCAUCUCCAUUACAUGAUGUAGAUGAAUAUUCAAUUAAUGAUCAAUUUGCAGCUAAAAAACAACCAGGGGUUAAUUUCACCAAAGGUUUUGAAAGGUUAACUAGAGAUGAAUAUCCAACUCCAAAUCCAUCAUCUUCAUUAUUUAGAUCAUCAUCACCAGCUAGAGAAAUUGAGAACUCACCAAAAAAGAAUGAUUUAAAAUCUACAAUUUCAAUUAAUAAAGAUUUCAAUGUUUUAAAUCCUGAUAAAUCAGUCAUUCGUAUUCCUUUAUUGUCUACGCAUACUCAUUUCAAUUUUGGUAGGUCUUCACGUAGUUGUGAAUUUGCAAUUAAUGCUAAAGAUUCAUAUAUAUCAAGAAUUCAUAUGAAGUUAACUUUCGAUAGUGAACAAAUUAUAAUAAAUUGUGUGGGAUCAAAUGGGUUAACUAUGAUUAUACCUAAAAAUUGUUUAAUUUAUCAAACUACAAACUCAAAAGAUAAUUUUAUAAUAAAAGAAAAUAAAACUGGAAAUCAAAUAGUUAAUGAUUAUGAAAGUAGAUCAAUUAAAUUAGAUUCAAAUCAUACUGAAUUUUUUAUGAGACAAGGUGAAACUAUAACAUUACCAAGAUUUGAAAAUAUUUUAAUUCAAAUUUCAAAGCAAUUAAUUUUGUUAAAUCCAAAUGAUGUGGAUGAAGAAUUAACAGAUGAGGAAGAAUUGCAAUUAAUCGAUAAACCUAGAACAACAACUACAUCAACUCCAAACACUAGAAUGGAAAACAAAAAUGUACCAAACACUCCACUGAAACCAAAACAAGAAGUCAAUCUCAAGAUUGCCGAGAAUAAAUUUGAUGAAACUCCAAUUAAAGAAACAGAGAACUCGAUUAAACCAAUUUCCAAAACUAAAUCUGAAACCCAAUUAAGUAUUCCACCACCAAAAUCUACAUUUAAAAUUCAUCAAGAAAAACAAAUACCAAAUAGAGCAUAUUCAACAUCUCCAAAAUUGGUCCUUUCCGAUAAAACAAAUACCAAGAAAAGAGCAUCUUCAGUUGAACCAAACUUGAAAUAUGCAGCUGAAAGCACAAACUAUCAACCAUUGAAAAAGAAGAAAUUCAUUAAAGAAUCUACUCCAGAAUUAGAUUCUUCAAUUUUGAAUAAAAUCUGUAAUCUUGAAGAAAUAAACAAUAUUUUGAUUAAUCAUUUAGCAUUUUCAAGAUUAAGUUCAACGCCUGCUUCGUUUUUAAAUACAAUUAGUGUAUUAACUUCAAAUUUAAAUUUAAGUCAAAUUAGAGCAAUUUUACAUAGUAUUGAAUGUAUUGGUAUAAUUUACAGGCAAGGUAAAGAUGCAGCUGGUAAACCAUUAGAAGAAGAAUAUUAUUAUAUGCCAGAAAAUGAUGAUGAUGAAAGUAGAAAAAACUUGGUAUCUAAUUUUAAAGGACAUGGAGGAUUAAGAAGUUGUAGAAAAACACAUAAACAAUAUUAUUGGAAGAAACCAGCACCUAUAAAGAAAUAG